CAGCAACUCCAGCCCGGACCGCGGCAUCGAGCGCAAGCCUUCUCUGUCCUACGGCCACCACCGCCAGACAUCCAUUGUGCAUGGCAUACAGCACUCGCGGAACACCAGCUUCGUCAAUUCGCCCGCGACCAGCCCGCUAAGCCCGCAGGUCCUCGCUGCGAGCGGCACGCUGCCUCUCGAUGGACCCGUAAUGUCACAAGAGAACAUUACCGAAGCCUUUACGGCGAAUGGGAUACAAGCCGGCGCCGGUCCAGUAAAUGGCUAUGGCGGUGUGGGCGCACCGCCGAGUGCAAGCGAUGCGAAUGCCCUCCAUGCUUCGACAACGCGCCAGCCCCAGAGGGUGCAAAGCGGACGUUCGUCCCGGAAGGGCCAUGUCCACCACCGCUCGCAGUCUCGUCACCACCAUCAUCCACAGGAGCUGAAGACGGUGGGCGAGUAUGCGUUGCACCAUCUGUUCAACUCAUUCGUCGGCCAGGCAGACCAGAAGAUCAGCCAGUGCAUGACCGACCGCGGCCAGCCAGAGGCGAGAGUAGAGCAGUUCUGUGGUCCGGGUGUGGAUCCGAACUUUGACCAACUUAUAUCUGCCCUCGGCCACAUCGCACGUCACAAGCCGAAGCCCCUAAUAGAUACGAUCAUGCUCUGGCGGAAGGCCAAAAGCGAAGAUGCCAACACCCAACGAAUCAGGUUGGCCACUGCCCGUCAAGCAACGUCACUGCCUACCUCAGUUCUUCCACGUCGAAAUACCGAACCGUUGCACAAUUUCGGAGAUGGCCAGGCCUCAGCGCCCCCCAUGAGUGGGCCUGAGCAUAUGAUUGCUUUGCAACAGACAGUAACACAAGCAGAGCAGCGGUCAACUGUUUCAACGUACAUUCUCUGCCGUGUCCUCAUUGAGAUCAUAACACAAACUGACCUACACUGCCUCACCAUUGAGAUGGCUGACCGUCUACUUGGUCUCUUUUACGGCCAAUUGACUACCGUCGACCCGGAUCAAGUCGAUGAAUCUCCUCUGAAUCAUGCGAAUUGGGUUAUCUACGGUCAAUUGCUUGGUGUCCUUAGCGAGCUUAUCUUCGACAAUGUCCAGGAAAGAUUUAUAGCUGACCUGAAGAUUGUAGACAGCCAUUUCACGGUGAAGGGACAGAUCAAUAGGGAUAUCGAGAUGAAAGGCGCGCUGCUCGUACGCGGCAUGCGGAAUCUCCGAGUCAAGCCAUUCCCCGAAGAUGCCUGGGACCGUACCUGCGACUUCAUGCAGUCACUCUCCAAGCUUUUCUCCAACGUUCAUGGACAGGCCAUAAAAUAUGCAUACUGUCAGGUGCUCAAGGAGCUCCUCUUGCGCAUCGCGGCCCGAGCAACGACGGAGUUCAGCAUGCCCAAAUGGAGAGCUGUGGUGGAUACUAUGAAGCCCAGGCUCUCGCUACUUUUGAGCAAACCGAAGCACUGGUCAGAGGCCUUCCCCCUUAUGUCGGCGCUAUUGUGUGUCUCCCCCACAGAGACAUUCUCAGCUCAGUGGCUAUCACUUGCGAUGUCCACGCAACCGAGGCUUAAAGAGCGCGCAACAAGAGCUCUUGCCCUACGAGGCAUCUGUCAACUCGUAUGGACGUACCUAUACAGGGCGAACAGCGAACCUCCCAACGUUGCCGUACGAAGAUUGGAGGACAUCAUUCGCAUGGUCUUUCAGCCGGGGAAACGCUCGUACCUAUCAACCGAGAGCACUAUUGCGGAGCCUCUCAUAGAACUUACCCGAAUUAUUGGAUUCAAAUAUCAGGACUUGUGUUUCAAGAACAUCAUAUUUCCUCUCUUAAACUCCGAGAUGUUCUCAUCGGGUAGAGAACUUCGGGUAGAAAAUCUGGAGCCAGAUCGAAUGGUUAUUGGCAUUCGAUCUUUCCUUGCCAUUAUGGCUGAUUUGGAAAAGGGCGAGCAGCCCCCCUUCCCCAUCUCUUUCGAUUCUGAUCGCUUUGUCGAACCAAACGAAGUACCGAUCCUCCCAGCCAGUCCCCACCCUUUACGACACCUGCCCCUCAAGUCAUCCCUCAUCAAAGAGGAGAGACUGUCUCGGCCAGUGAACUUCACAGGCUUUGCAGAAGUGGCAAAGGAGUAUUACGUCCGAUUUUGUAAGAUACUGGGAGAGAUAACUAUCAUCUGCGACAAUGCUUUUGGCGGGCAGGCCGUUUUGGAUGAGAAAUUCUCGCUCCAAACCCCCAAAACCCCCAUGUCGGAUGCAUUCAGUUUUGGGAGAAGGGAAGACCAUCAAAGCUCAGCCGAUCCACGUCAAGGUUUCUACGACUUACUGCACGUCGCAGUGCAAGCGCUGCCUCGCUGUUUGUCUCCUCACAUCCCAUUCAACUCCCUCAUCAACCUUCUCUGCACAGGAACUGCUCACGUUCAAAGUAACAUCGCUGCGUCAUCAGCUCAGUCGCUAAAAUCCAUCGCCCGCCAAUCACAUGCUCAGCAAGUGACAAUCGGGUUCGCUCGGUUCAUAUUCAAUUUUGACGACCGCUACGCAACCAUGUCGGAUGGUGGUAUGUUAGGGGCAGGCCAUAUUGAGAGCACACUAAGACUGUACGUAGAGUUGCUCGAGAUAUGGAUCGAGGAAAUCAAGCAGAAAACCCGAAAGGCUGCCCUUGAUACACCUGAUGAUGGUGUCACUGGUAACCGAGGCGCUCAACUCGAUCUUUCCGGAGUUUGGGCUCACGUCGAUGAGAUUGAGUCGCAUGGUCUCUUCUUCCUUUGCUCUCCUUCCCGCCGUGUGAGGGCAUAUGCCGUCACAGUUCUUCGCCUGAUUACCGAGUUUGAUACAGCACUUGGUGGCUCCAGCACAAGGAUCAUUCGCGUAAUGGAAGGGAGCCCGCAAAAGGUCAUGGAAAUUAGCGACGAGAAGCUUUCACUUGCUGAGAGAAGCCGCCUCCAGAGAGGAAUGAGGAAGAGCAAUGUCCAAAGCACUCUAGUAGAGCUUUGUAGCAGCGAUGUACCGUACGACUCAACGCUCUGGUUCAAGAUCUUCCCCAAUCUGGUACGAAUCAGCUUCGAGGUCUGCCCUUUUGCGGUCACCCUUACACGAGAUAUUGUCUGCGCCAGACUAACCCAAAUGCACCGAACCUUGAUAUCCUUGACAGAACCCGGACCUCGAGCUAGUCCAUAUGCUACUUUCGAUACCGGAUUUGUUAAAAUAGUGGGUCGGCUCGCAACCACCUCACCUGAGAUCGUUGUCGAACAGUGGAAACUGUAUCUCAUCUUCGCAUUCACAACUCUUACCAAUCUAGGGAUUAGUGGUCAGUCUCUUCACACACAAGUUGCCCAACACUCCCGGAAAAGCUCAAAGUCGUCCCAGAAGAGUCAGAACAAGGUGUAUACAGCUAGUGAGCUCUUCGCCAAAGUCCUCCCGUUUCUCUCCGUUGAUAAUACCGCCAUCCGCGAUGCCGCGGUUGUUGGUCUUGGUUCCAUAAAUAUCAAUUUAUAUCGCACGCUUCUAGAAUCGCUACAAGGUCACGCCUCCGCGUGCGCAGAAGAGGCAAAAACACGUUUGGGAAUGCAUACCCGAACAGCGAGUAGUCCGCGCCGGAACCGACGUACAGACCACCUCCGGACAGAGAUUACGCAUGUCUACAAGCUCACGUCCCACUUUCUCAAAUUGUCGGAGGCAUAUAACGACGAGUGGAUCCUGAAUAACCUCAUGAACUACACAAAAGACCUUCGAAUAUUUCUAAGUGAUGCGGAGGUGCAAAACGAGUGGGACUUUCAGAAACUGCGAACUCAUUACUGUGGCUUAAUUGAGGUGCUUUUCGAAGGUAUCAAUAAAACUAAUGACCCGCUUCAAUGGAUGCCAUUCCAGGCUCGGAAAGCUGCAUUUACCUUGAUGGAAGACUGGUGUGGGUACUCGGCAAAUCAGCCUCAGAUUCGGCAGCGAGAAGAGAACAUGAGACGGUCAAUGCUCGACCGUGAAGCAGACCUUGGCAAGAAGGGCAUUGCAACCGCAGCUAUGGAGAUUGAGAAACGAGACCUUCGUACUGCAGCGCUAAGUGCCAUGGCUGCUCUUUGUGGUGGGCCUGUGAGCAUCACUACUGACAGCAAAGUGCUGCUCCAAUUCGAUGUUCGGCGCAUGCUGUCCUGGAUCGAUAGCAUUUUUGAAACACCUAGCGACAGAACCCACGCCAUCGGACGUCGUGCUUUGAUGAAUCUCAUCAUCCACAACCGUGAGCACCCCUAUCUUCUGGACAGAGCAAUCGAGAUGUGCUACCUUUCAAAGUCGUCUAAAGCUCUCGAGAGCUACUUUGAAGUUGUCACCCAGGUGCUCACCGAAGGCGAAGAGUACAGUCUCCCUUUCUGGAAGGUCCUCAGCGCCGGUCUAUAUACCUUAGGUCACGAAAAUAACGAAUUGCGGAUGAAAUCUGCUCGGAUGCUAAGGACACUCGAGGCCCGUGAGCAGAAGAACUCGAAACUGCAAGAUCUAGAUAUAAGCAUUUCGGACAAAACCAUCGCAGUAUACAAGCUUGCUCAAUUCGAAACUUCUCGCAGGCUCGCAAAGCAGCACUCUGAACUUGCAUUCCUAGUCUUCUCCCAAUUCUCUUAUUACUUCAAAGAGUUGCAGCCCGAUCACCAACGCAACAUGGUGGCCGCCAUGCUGCCUUGGGUACAAACUGUAGAGCUGCAGGUCAACCCUAGUGGUGGGCCCACUGCCAAUUCCUACAUGCUCUUGGUCAAUCUUUUCGAGAUCACGGUCCGGUGUGGCAGUGCACUCCACAACGAGAUUCAAGCACUUUGGCAGGCUCUGGCAACUGGACCAUAUGCUGGUAACGUCCAGCUGAUUCUGAAUUUCAUCAUCAAUCUUUGUCUAGACAAGCGGGAACAAAAUUUUGUGGACUACUCGAAACAGAUAGUAGUCCAUCUUUCCAGUACUCCCGCGGGACUUAAGGUCGUCGAAUUCCUUCUCAUGCAAAUUAACCCGCGAUCCAUGGUCGGAGACAAGCGCGAGCCUACACCGCCUCCUCCCGAUGCUGCGCAGCUUCCUUACUUGGCUGACUUGGCUGCGGUGUUGCCGAGUAGCAACAAACAGUCUGGAUUCGCUCUAGGUCAGAUCUGCCUCAUUUUGCUUGUAGACUUGAUGGUGUCUCCGGUUCAGCUCUCUGGUGAAUAUGUCCCACUCCUUCUCCAAGUCAUCCUUGUGUUGUGGGAUCACUACACUCCCGUUGUCCAAGACCAAGCUAGAGAGAUGCUGGUGCACCUGAUACAUGAGCUGGUGAUAUCAAAAAUCGAGGACAACACGACCGGCAUUGACAAGAGAUCGAUUGAAGACUUUAUCGAGAGUGUUCGACGGCACGACGCGAAGGUCGUGUGGAAUUAUGAUGAUAAAAAUGGCAAAGAUGCGGAAGACUUUAGCACCAGGGUACCAGAACCUAUGACGUAUGUCGCUAGUGAGGUUCUAAAAUUCUUUUCACUCGCCUAUCCUGGAUUGAGGGAGGCUUGGGGCAAGGUAGCAUUAAAUUGGGCAACCUCAUGUCCAGUACGGCAUUUGGCAUGUCGAUCUUUCCAGUUGUUCCGUUGCAUUCUGAGCUCUCUCGACCAGCAGAUGCUUUCGGAUAUGUUAGCUAGGCUUUCGAACACCAUAUCGGACGAUGAGAGCGACAUCCAAACCUUCUCCAUGGAAAUUCUCACAACUUUGCGGGCCAUCAUUGAAGCUCUCCAACCUGAGGACCUCAUCCAAUACCCCCAACUUUUCUGGACAACUUGCGCUUGCUUGGACACCAUCCAUGAAGGAGAAUUUAUGGAGAGUAUGCUAAUGCUGGACAAAUUCUUGGACAAGAUCGACCUAGGUGAUGCAGGCGUCCUUCAGAUCCUUGAGGACAACUGCCCCGAAAAAUGGGAAGGACUAUUUGAAGGGCUUUCUCAGCUUGUCUACAAAGGUGUCCGGUCGAGCCUUUGCCUAGAUCGAUCGUUGCGCCUUCUCGAGAGAUUAGUCGUGCUUCCACCAAGUCGGAUUGUGGGCGAUGAGAGCCGUCUCGUUUAUACCAUACUCGCAAACAUGCCAAGAUUCCUACGGUCAUUUGAUCAUCCGACCAAAGAUCCUGUUAUUAGCGCUAGUGCGGAAGUUCUAGCUCAGGUCGCAGAAGAAUACACUUGCACCAAUUUAUCCCAGGCCUUGCUUGGCUUUGCCAACAAAAGGUACCGCGUGGACAAAGACUUUGUUGCCCAAACUAUGUCCGCCAUCCGCUCAUCCUUUUUUCCAGAUCUUGAGUUCGGUAGCUUGGUUUUCCUACUCAGCCUAUUGACGAAUAAGAUCGACUGGAUGAAGAUCAAUACAAUGGAAGUGCUGUGCGUUAUUAUCCCUGAGAUCGACAUGAGGAAACCAGAAAUAGCCACCAAAGGACCGGAUCUCAUAUCUCCUCUUCUGCGACUACUGCAGACCGAGUUCUGCCCACAGGCUCUGAGGGUUCUAGAUUUCGUUAUGAACAUGACUGGUGCUUCGACUCCGCUCGAAAGACAUCAUCUCCGCAUGAGCAUGGCAGGAUCGCAUUCAAGCCGUGCUUUCAAGAAGCAAUACGAGAAGACGCAGUCGUUGUACGGGAUCCCCGAGGAAAGCGGAUGGUCGAUUCCUGUUCCUGCUCAUCACUCGCACUUGACCAGAACGAACGUCCACGCCGUAUUUUACACUUGUGGGAACCUGGAAGACCCAGAUGCUAUCCAGAUACCCUCGCCAAAGUUCGAAUUCCGACAGGAAGAAUUCCCUUUCAGUCCAAUAUCGGAUUACAGAACCGCAACCAUGACAUCAGAAGACACGCGCGGGGACAGCCAUAUAGGGGAACUAGUUAUGAAAUUAGACAGCCUCGACGAUUUCUUCGAAGACGAUGACGACACAGAAACUCUCACAGAUCUACCAAAUGCCUCUGCUUUCGGAGCUCCGCGAUACACAAAUGGCUCCUACUCAACGGGGACGCUUGAUGUGCGAGAAAAUCUCUACGACCAACAAACAGCACCCAUCUUGCACAAAUCGCUAACAAGAAACGCUUCCGUCACAUCCUUUCAAUCCGGCUUUUCGGAUCUCAAACUGAGCCCAGCCCGAGAUCCCGGCGUUAUGACACCCGCAGCGUUCACAACCUUCACGUCAGCGCCCGCACCUGGACCCACGCCUGCCCUCACAGCCGUACCCGCCUCCUCCCUCCCCCGCCCAGGCCUUCACGCCCGCUCCGUAACUUCCCCCUCUGUAAACCAACACCAACGCCUCUCCCCCGCGCUCUCCUCCACCCUCGUCGAUGAGAAUGGCGAGCCGUUCUCCGACGACGAUAUGGCCACGGGUCGCUCGAACUCUAGCUCUCAUAGCACAGGUGCCGGUGCCGGUGGCGACAAAUCGUUUUCGAUAGGCGAGACGACCCGGAGCAUCAGUAGCGGGAUGAGGAGGGGGAUGAGGCGGCUGACGGGCGGUGGGGGGGAUAAAGCGGAGAGAGAGAGGACAAGAGAGCGGUUUAUGAAGGAGUUGCAGAGGAGCCCGCAGGUGCCGAAGGUGCCGGAUAUUUAUUUGAGGGAUCCGAAGAGUGCGGAUCCUUGAGUGGAUGGGAAGGGAUGGAAAUGAGGGAGUGUAACGUGGGUGAGGAAGAAUAGAGGUGAUGUGGAGAGGUACGGAUAUUUAACAUAUAGGUGGGAGUACUGUAUAUUUUCAGUGAAUGCACUGCGACGCGACGUGA